AUGGCAGACCCCGUCCAACCCUCCAAAGACUCCACAAUCCCUCCCGACCUCAAGGCGCGCAUCAAGCAGUCUUAUGACGUCAUUUCCGGAACCUACACGGACUGGACUAGAGACCACGCCGGAGUCAAGCUCGAGUUUGUCAACAAACUCCUCGACCUGAUCCCCGGCGGCCCCGAAGCCAAGCUGUGCAUCCUCGAGCUCGGCGCCGGGGCCGCAACCCCAGUGACCGAGCACGUGCUAGCCACCCUACCCUCGGCCCACGUCACAGCCAACGACAUGUCCAGCUCGCAGGUCGCGGCCGGCAAGGCGAAUCUCCAGAAGCAGGGGUUCGGACCGGAGAGGGUUGCGUGGCACGAGGGCGACAUGAUGGCCCUGCAGUUCCCGGACGCAACGUUUGACGCCGCCCUAGCCUUUUAUAGCAUCAUCCACCUGCCGUGGGACGAGCAGCAGGUGAUCAUGGCUCGCAUCUUUAAUUGGUUGAAACCUGGCUCUUAUUUCCUGGCCAACUUUCCUGAAAAGGAGCUGGGUGACGCAGUCACAGAGAAGUGGCUGGAUCACGAAAAGGGCUGGAUGUACUGGAGUGGGCUUGGAGCGGAUGAGACGCUUCGCACAUUGAAGGGGGUCGGGUUUGAGAUCGUGGUCGAGGAGCUUCGGCGCGAGGAUGAGCAGUCCGUCUUCCUCUGGGUCAUUGCAAGGAAGCCGACAUGA